AUGUCAAAGGAAGUCACGCAGAACAUACUUUGAGAUAUGGCUGAAAAGAUGAAUCCAGACUUCGCUCCAAUCGUAUCACUGAAUCCAAAACACAUCGAAAGCUCCUUCCACGAAAACAUCAAAUAUAUGAUAACUGCGGCGCAAUUUUUUGGAACGAUGCCUCUAUACAACACAACGAAAGGCACGUGUAGCAUUCGAUUCAAGUGGGUGGGAUUCAGAACCAUGUUUUGUCUUCUCAUCAUUUGUGGCUACUUCAUCGACUAUCUAUUUUGGAUUUUGGUAUUUGCAAAAGAUGGGAUUGUCUUGCAAAAUGCAGUGGUGCAGACAACGGUCACUCUGGGAUCAGGAAUGGAACAGUAUUGUCUUUGGUGACGAGUCUCGAUUUUGUUUAGGCAUGCACGAUGGUCGUGCCAGGGUUAGAAGGCGACGUGGUGAAAGGAGGAAUCCACAGUUUUUUGUUGAAAUGUUGACAUGUUCAUCACACCGUUGGAGUUAUUUAAACUGGUGUUCUCACUACAGUGAAUUUUUACCACCAUUUCUUCGAAAAAUCAACCUCGAAAGAAGAAUCAUCCUCCACCAAGACAAUGCAAGCUCGCACACAGCCCAAAAAACAAGGCAGUAUUUAACGGAAGAAAACGUGGAAUUAUUGGACCAUCCUCCAUAUAGUCUCGAUUUGAAUCCUAACGAUUUAUUACUUUCCCGAAAAUUAAAACUGGGUGGUCAAAGGUUCCAGUCACCAGAAGAAGCAGUUGACGUAUUCAAAAAUGCCGUUUUGAAUCUGCCAGCAAACGGGUGCUUCGAAAAUUGGUUGCAGAUGUGUAUUAAUCUUCGUGGCGAAUACUUUGAAAAACAAUAA